AUGUCUGACAACGGCGACAACGACAACGAUCCCGUCUACAACAACAGCCACCGUGCAUUCCUGCAGUCAUUCCUGUCUCGCGCAACUCUCACUUUCGAACAAGCCAGGCCAAUUGUAGCUGCCAUUGAGAAAGCUCAAGCACAAGAUGGCCGCGACAUCCAGCCUGCCGACAUCACAGAACAAGAUGUUUCAAACUACAUCAACGUCACCAAUGCCGCCAUCUCCCCCUUCGAUCUAGAAAUCAGAGACACGCUCUCACAGCACGAUCGCACUCGCAUCUACGCUCUCGUAAAUGUCUCUUCAGACUCCAUCACUCAACUCGCAACCACACAUACUCCCGACGAGAUUGCCUUUGUAAAACGCUGUCUCGAUGCCAUGUUUGAGACAAACAAUUCAUACCGCAGCGAGGUGCUUGCUGUAAGAUCAACAGAAGCCUUGAGGCUAGCAAAGCCCCCAAACGCCCAAACUCAAGAUGCCGAAGCCACACAAGGUGCUCAGGCUCAAGGUCUGACUAUGAUGCAAGCCCAAAAAAUGCUACAAGCCAUGGUCGACGAAGGCUGGUUUGAGCUCAGCAAGAAAGAUUAUUAUACUCUCACCCCACGUGCUCUGAUGGAGUUGCGUGGCUGGCUGGUUGAAACAUACAACGACGAUGAAGACGAGCGCAUCAAGAACUGCUCUGCCUGCAAGGCCAUAGUCACAAUGGUAUCUUUGCCCUGUACGCACUGGCAAUUCCAAAUCACUAACACUCAAUGCAGNGGAGAAAGAUGCCCCGACCUCGACUGCUCGGGUAGGCUACAUCAGCAUUGCAAGCGCAUGGCCUUCAGAGCACAAAACAACAACGAGCGCUGUCCCGUGUGCAAGAAAGAUUGGGAAGACGCACCGCCAGUAGGCGAGAAAGCAGCCCUUCAAAACAGGAGAAGUACGAACGGCACCGGUGCCUCAAGAAGACGUUCUACUACAGCACAAACCGACGGCGCAGACGAUUCACCAGAUGACUCGACAGGCGAUGAAGGUUGA